AUGGGAAUUUCAAGAAUGAAAAUGACAUCUGUGAUUGCUAUUUUAACAUGUGCAUAUGUUGUCCAAGUACUCUCUAUCAAAUCUCCAGCUGUUGACAAGCAUUAUGCACAAAAGAAAUCGAAUAGAAUAAACGGACGUCGAGAAGUAGAAAUUUCAUUUUAUAAUGCCGUAUUACAAAAUCAAAAUCCAAGACGUUUAAUAACUUGGAAUCCGCUAUAUGAAGAUUACACCUCACUUCCAUACAAACAAUUGUCUAAUGCUUUUUGUCAACAAAUCAUUCAUUUGACCACAAGUGUGAUAAAUCCUGGAUCAAAUCUUGUAAAAUGUAGACACGUGAUAUUUUCAAAAAUAAAUAUUCAUACUGAAUAUGUUGGUGUGAUUAUUGGUGUAAAAGCAAAUUCUUCAUUAAAAUUUAUGUAUCGUAUUGAACCCAACUUCAGUAUCAAUUCAUUGAUUUCCAAAAUAAAAAAUGUUUACCAUCAAGGUAACAAACAAUCAUUUUUGAGUAUUUUCCAACUUACAGUACGAGUUAAAAUCCGGAAAAUAAUAGAAACUCAACACAUAGAGAAACUACGGAAUGAUGUGAAACGUAAAAUUCAGUAUCAUACAAAUGAGAUGAAUUCACAAAACAAAACAGAAACGUUGACACCGUCCAUUCCAAUGCAACAGUCAACGAGUACACUGCCACCGACGAACGUCACCGAACAAUCCUCAUCACUAGAUCCACAACCCACAAAUCAAGAUUUAUCGUCUUUUCGAAAUCGAUCGUCUACUUGUGGAAGUUUCCAGGCAGAAGGACGUGCUGUGUUGAAUGUUUCUAUGAUAUUUGUUCUCUUAGCAACGUCCACCUUACUUAUGAUUGGACUAAUAUACGGUGUUUCAAAGACAAGUUGUUCUUUUUGGAAGAAAAAUACCUCAUCUUACUGA